UCUCUCUCUCUCUGUGUGUGUGUCAGUCGCUCGCUCUUGGAUACCGACUCGCCAGUGGCUGCAGCAGUCAGUCAGUCCUGUGGUUGUAGUUUGUUAUUGUGUGUACAUGAACAGUCCUUCACUCAUAAGCGAGCGCGCGCGGAUUAUAGUGGAGAACACACGGAGGGCUUUUAAACUAAACCAAACACGCGCUCGCAGCAUCGAGAGACUCCCAGCAAACUCAGUGUUGUCGUGAGCACUAGUGGGGGUCGGAUCGGCGGGAAUGGCUUCGUCUCCGUGCGGCGAUGGGAACUUUGAUUGCGGGCUGCAGAUUCAAACUCGCUCGGUGGAGCAAACACUCAUCCCGCUCGUGUCUCAGAUUACCACACUGAUCAAUCACAAAGACAAGCUCAAGAAGACAGAGAAGACCUUACGGGCCGUCCAGAGAGUAGGGCAGGCGGUCAGUGUUGCAGUUGGCCGCUUCGUGGCGGUGGGUGAAGCCAUUGCAGCAGAGAAUGAAGACUUGAAGGACGAGAUGGGACUGGCUUGCUUUGAGGCCCGGAGAGCAGGCACUGCCAUAGCUCAGCUGACGGAUGUGUCCAGUCUGGAGCAGUGUGAGGGUGAUGGGCGCAGCACGGUGUUUAGUGACAGGACUGGCAUGGUGAAAGCUGCUCGCAUGCUGCUCUCCUCUGUUACCAAAGUCCUGGUGCUUGCAGACUGCAUCGUUAUCAAACAGAUCAUAAGCUCUCGCAACAAAGUGCUGGUUACCUUGGAGCAGCUGGAGAGAGUCAGCACUUUUCAGGAAUUUGUCCAAAUCUUCAGCCAGUUUGGGAACGAGAUGGUAGAGUUUGCCCAUCUCACAGGAGACAGACAGAAUGAUCUGAAGGAUGAAAAGAAAAGAGCUCGGAUGGCCGCUGCACGUGCUGUGCUGGAGAAAUGCACCAUGAUGCUCCUCACAGCCUCUAAGACUUGUCUGAGACAUCCAGACUGUGAGUCGGCACGGAUCAACAAAGAAGCAGUCUUCCAGCGUAUGCGUCUGGCCCUGGAGCAAGUCAUUGAAAUUGUGACUGACACGAGGAGCGGUGGGGAGGCCAGAGCACUUCCUGUCAGCAUCUACGCUGGGAUUAAAGACUUUAAGGUUAAAGUGGAGGGUCUGAGAGACUCUCUGUACUGUGUGUCCUGUGAGGCUGUGGCAGCUCAGCUGGAAGCUCUGAUGGAGAAAACCGAAGACUUUACAGACUCUGCCUACACCAGCCACGAGCAGAGAGAGACAAUCAUACAGCUCUGCCAGAUCACACGUCAAGAGACCAAACAGCUCAUCAACACAUGGAGACACGCGCAAUUGCUUAAAGCCAAAGAGGCCACAGACGAGAUGGAGCUCACUAUUUUGAAGACUUGUCAGAGUGUCAGUGAUCUCAGGCGAGAGCUUCAUAGGGUAGCGGUGGGAAGGGCCACUGAGCUGCUGAAGCUGCAUUCAGAUCAUCUGGUGCUGCAGGCCCUGAAGGCCUCCGGUGGGGAUGGAAACCUGGAGGCCGUGGCUGAUUAUGCCGGCACACUGAAUGAACACAAAGAGCAACUGGUGGAGACUUGUCGUUUGCUCUGCCACAUUUCGGGGACCGAGCCGCUAGAGAUAACCUGCAUUCACGCUGAGGAAACUUUCCGUGUCAUUGGUCCGCAGAUCAUCUCAGCAGCACAGACCCUUGCCCUGCACCCCACCAGCAAGAUUGCCAAAGAAAAUCUGGAUGUGUUUUGCGAGGCCUGGGAGUCCCAGCUGUGUGACAUUGCCAUCCUACUGAAGGAGAUCAACGAUGUGUUUGAGGGCCGCAGAGGUGAUAAGAAAACAUAUCUGUCUCUACCCAGACCAGGGAAACAUUCUGCCAACCUGAAGACAGUCAAGGCUGCCAAACUUGAUGCUGAGGAGCAAACCACCAUCGCUAAGCUGGGGCUGGAACUGUGUCUCCUCACCUCAGAUGUGGACUCAGAGGUGGAGCGCUGGGACGAGCAGGACCACGAGAUGGUUCGACUGUGUCAGAUCAUAUCCAGCAUGGCGUAUUCCAUGUACCUCUUCACCAGGGGGGAAGGCCUACUGAAGACAACUUUGGAUCUAUUCCACCAAGCUGAGGUGUUGUCAGACCAGGGUCUCCAGCUGUGCCACAUCCUCCACUCUCUCUCCACACAGCUGCUGGAUGAAGACAGAAUCCUUAUUCUAUCGGAGACAGAGAAGCUGUCAGACGCAUGUCAACAGCUGCAGGUCUGUGCCAAGACUCCGGUUCAGGGCAAGAGUGCCAUCUUUCAGAAGGUUGACUCAUCCAUACAGAAUACAAAAGGCAUCUUGACAGUGGUGGUUUAUUUACUGCCCAUCUGUUAUAAGCUCAUCAGAAAGUGUAAAUCAGAAUGCAGCUGUGUGGCUUCACCUCAGCACUGGAGGGAGAAGCAGCUGAACACGACCGUCAGCGAGGAAACUCUGAAUGGCAAUGGCUCCAACGGCUUUGGGGUGAAAUCCCUUGAGCAGCACAUGGCCAGUCUUACAUUCCUGGAGAGCAAAUAGCUCUGAAAACCAAAGGCGCUUCUGCCUCUUUUCACACACACAGUGCAAUGCACUCGCUCAUAACGUGCCAUUCUUUGUGCUUCUGCCCAUUCGCUUUGUGGUGUACAAUAGCGUUAGCAUUACCAGCCUCGUUCCAGAUACCAAAAAAUAUUGAGGAAAAAACCCUUCAUUGAUUGCAUGUGUUCAAGUCUUUUUGUGACACUUUCAAAUGUGAUGGCUGGUAAAUAAGCUACGGUUUUAACCGAAACCAUAUUCAACUGCGUUUCUCGUGGUUAGACAACACUGAGGUGUACAUGAAAAAAGUUUUGAUGCAAAAAAAAACUCUGCACACUAUAUUUAACAAAACUGCCUCUUGUG